AUGGCAGUUUUGCCAAAGUUUAUUUCUCCUAACCAGUCUGGAUUUGUAAAGAGUAGGAGUAUCUCUGAAAAUGUGCUUUUAGCUCAAGAGAUCAUUGGUGACAUUAACAAAAGAAACAAGCAUACGAAUGUGGUGGUGAAGCUCGACAUGACAAAAGCCUAUGAUAGAGUCUCUUGGGUCUUUAUGACAAAAGUCCUGAGGAAAUUUGGGUUUUCGGAGGUGAUUAUUGACAUGAUUUGGAGGCUGCUUUCAAACAAUUGGUACUCAAUUUGUAUCAAUGGGCAAAUUCAUGGAUUAUUUCAGUCUACUAGGGGUCUUAAACAAGGGGAUCAUUUGUCCCCUACACUGUUUAUAAUUGGUGCAGAAGUUCUGUCUAGGACUCUUAAUGCUCUACAUUCUGAUUCAUCCUAUUUAGGGUAUGGGCUUCCCAAGUGGAGUCCCAAUAUUAAUCAUCUGUCAUAUGUAGAUGACACAAUAUUAUUUUGCUCUGGGGACAGGGGAUCUAUUAUCAAAAUGAUGAUGGUACUGUGGAGAUAUGAAGAAGUAUCUGGACAGUUAAUUAAUAUGGCUAAAAGCUACUUCUAUCUUCAUGAGAAAACUCCGCUGAUCUGCUCUAUAAGGCUGAGGAAGCUUACUGGGAUCAGGCAAUGGGAGUUUCCAGUGACUUACCUUGGAUGUCCGGUGUUUUAUGGGAGGAAAAAGAGCUCAUAUUUUGAGGAUUUAAUGAGGAAAGUGGCUAGAAGAAUCCUAUCAUGGCAGAAUAAGUUUCUGUCAUUUGGUGGAAAGUUCAUUCUCAUAAACCAUGUUCUUCAAUCUAUGCCUAUGCACAUUUUGGCAGCUCUUACACCCCCUAAAGAAAAGAGAAAACAUUGGGUGGCUUGGGAAGAGAUGUGUUAUCCUGUGAAUGAAGGAGGCAUGUGGUUUAGAUCUUUGGAGGUAAUAAAUAGGGCCAUGCAUGCUAAGCUUUGGUGGAAUUUUAGAACAUCUGUUGGAUCUUUAUGGAGUGUUUAUAUUGGCAAUAAAUAUUGCAAAAAAAGGCAUCCUGUUUUGGCCGUGGGUACAGAUACAGGGUCCUGGAGUAUUGAUGCUAUUGAAGGGGUUGUUUCUGUGGAGAUGACAGAUAUAAUAUUGAACAGUAUCCCCCCUCCAAUUGGGAAUGAGAUUGAUAGGGCCUGGUGGACUGGCAACAAAUCUGGAGUAUUCUCAUCGAAGUCAGCUUACCAGAUAGUCAGGCCUAGAAGAAACAAGAUAGAAUGCUCUCAAUUUAUUUGGGGUAUCAAGUAUACAGGUAACCAGCUAUUUCCAGCUCUGAACAGUGUUUGGAAGGGAGUGGAGGGUAUGAAGGCAAGACAUAUAAUCAGGAGUAUCCCAGUAAUCAUCAUUUGGGAAUUGUGGAUUAGGAGGAAUCAGAUGAAGCUUGGCAAACAGGUAUCAUACUAUGUUGUGAAAGAUAGAUAUGAAAGGAUGAUACACUGGCUAAUUAAAAAUCACUAUCCGAAUUGGAAGGAUGUCCCUACAAAGUGGCUUCAAAGUUUUGACAGAAUUCAGCAACAGAAAAAGCAACUGUUCUUUAAAAUUGUUAAGUGGAAGUUGCCUGGAGCAGGGAUGCUCAAAUGCAACACGGAUGGGGCCUAUAGGGGGAACCCUGGGAUCAGUUCUUAUGCUUUUUGCAUAAGAAAUGACCAAGGUGACCUCAUUUAUGCUGAGGCAGAUACCAUUGGGGUUGCUACAAACUUGAUUGCGGAAACCACUGCUAUUUGGAAGGCUUUACAGUUUAUACUGCUUGGCAUUUGUUAUGACAGAGGUACAAAAGCCAUUAAGCAUCAAAAGGAGAUCUACGCACAAAAAAGGAUUUAUAGGAAUGGGGUACAACAGGCAUACUAUGGGUUACAAGUUAUGCACACAAAAAGAAGGGUCAGAUAUCAACAACAAGCUCAGUCAGGACUAGGAGGUACAUGUAGAUCCAGAGAAACGCCAGGAGCUGAAAAAGAGCAAGAGAGGAAUCUAGUUAUACAAGCUCAGAUGCGAUCAACAAGCAAAAGUAGGGGGAAGAAAGCUUACAAGUCAAAAGGCAGGGACAUACAUGAGAUGCGUGAGUCUUGCACCAUUCGAAGACUUGGCCAUGGAGGGACAUUGCAGAGGGCACUGGAAAAGUCAAAAGUGGCCUCAUCUUGA